AUGUGUGUUUUCAUGCAAGGCUGAUUUGUGUAUGUACGGAGAAACCAGUGGGAUGGGACACUACAAAUAUGUGUGUCUAUAUGUUGUGAAAUGAAAGCAUAAUCAAUGCACAUGCAUGCUCUCUCUCACACACACACAGACACACACACACACAUAGAGCAUGUGUGUUGAAACUGGCAAAGAGGAUGUGAAAAGAGGGAGAGAGGAAUUUUGUGUGUGAGAGACAGCAAGUGCAUGGGUGUGAGUGCUUAAAAAAAAUAAAUGUUAAAAGGUAGUUGCAUGCCUGACGCCAAAAGUGUACAGGGAUAUAAAUCGCCGGGUUCUGGGAAGGAUCGCUCUGUGAGGGGAUCGCUCUGUGUCCCCAGGAUGCUUUGGGGGAGGAAGCCAUGUUGCUUUACAUGUAUGGUACACAGAGCCUCAGUCGCUGAACCUAACCUACCUCAAGGGCAGGCUGUGUGCGUGGGAGAACCAUGCAUGCCAACUUGAAGUGCUUGGGAGGAUAAAUAACUAACUAGAGGGGAGCAAGGGAGAAACACCAUAUAGUGAUUAAAAAACAACAACACAUGGAGAUUGUGAAUACAUGUAGACACCGAUUUCUUUCCAUACAUCUGCGUCUGAAAUGUGGUGGCAUCCCAUGAAGUCCUACUCAGGGCAGACCUGCUGGAAUCAAUGGGUUUAAGUUAGUUGUGGGCAUUGAUUUCAACGGGGCUACUCUGAGUAGGACUUACUUGGACACAACCAAAGGCCUGUGGAGUCCAGCAUCCUGUUCUCACAGCGGCCAGCUAGAUUCCUUCAGGAAACCCAAGUGCCUUCCCUCACUGUUACUCAUAAGGUUGUACCGUAAUAAGAGCCUGGCAGCUGGAUCAGGCCAAAGGCCCAUCUAGCCCAGCAUCCUGUUCCCACAGUGGCCAAACAGAUGCCCCAGUGCCAAGCCUGCAAGCAGGGCCUGAGCGCAACAUCAGCCCUCCUCUCCUGUGAUUCCCAGCAACUGGGAAUUCAGAAACACAUACUGCCUCUUGACAGUGGAAGGAGAACAUACCCAUCAGUAGCCAUUGAUAGUUUUAUUGUUCUUCAUGAAUUUGCCUAAUCCUCUUUUAAGUGGAUGGCCAUCAUUAUCGCUUAUGGGAAAGGAUUCCAUAUUUUAACUAGACAUCAACCUAAGCCUGCAAUCAGCUCCCACCUUCCUGCCCUCUUUACUUACAACCAAGCAGGGGGUGGGCCUGCUCAUCAUAGGCUCUGGCGCCACCUGCUGUUGAACUCCCAGUCUUCCACCCUACCAGUCCUAAUGGGCUACAACCUGGUCACCACUGGUCCAUUGAGUUCAGCACUCUCUAAGCUUACUGGCAGCAUCUCUCUCCCAUGUUUCAGACUGGGGUCUUUUAUGGCCCUGCCUGGGGACUUUGGGGACUGAACCUGGGACCUUCUUCAUGCAAGGCACAUGCUCUACCCUUGAGCUGCCGCCCUUCCUGUUUUGUAUGGGUGCAAAUGAGCGAUAUCUGGAGUAGUGAAUUAUCCGCCGCCGCCUUUACCCCCCGCCAUUUGCCCCCCCGACCAUCAUGGCUCUAUGCCCGUAGUCUGCUACCCGUCCAAGGAGUCUAUCUUGAGCCCACGGCCGCAGGAGCGCAGCACUGUGAUGCGCCGGACCACCGUUUUGGCCCUCUUCUCCGUGGUCCUCAUUUACCUGGUCACAGGUGCCUUCGUCUUUCGCCAACUGGAGCAGCCCUAUGAGAUCCACCAGCAGGGGAAGAUCCAAGCCUACCUGGAGCAGUUCUUAAAGCUACACCAAUGUGUAGCCGCUGAGGACCUAGAGGACCUCAUCCAGCAAGUGGGCGAUGCCAUGGGCGUCGGAGUGGAGCCUGCCAUCAACAGCACAAACGCCAACAGCUCGCACUGGGAUAUGGGCAGCGCUUUCUUCUUCGCUGGCACCGUGAUCACCACCAUCGGGUUUGGGAACAUCUCCCCCAAGACUGACCCUGGCCGGCUUUUCUGUAUCUUCUAUGCCCUCGUGGGGAUUCCUCUCUUUGGCAUGCUGCUGGCAGGAGUCGGGGACCAUUUGGGAUCGUCUCUCCGGAAAGCCAUUGGCAAAGUGGAGGACAUAUUCUUGAAGUGGCAGGUCAGUGCUACCAUUGUGAGGGUCCUCUCAGCCUUGCUGUUCAUCCUCAUUGGCUGCCUCCUCUUCGUCUCCCUGCCGACCAUCAUCUUCCAGAGGGUGGAAGGAUGGACCCUUUUAGAGAGUGUCUACUUUGUGGUCGUCACGCUGACCACCAUUGGAUUUGGCGACUAUGUGGCAGGUGAUACGAAAAGCGAAGAAUACCUGUGGUACCAGCCAUUGGUGGUGGUCUGGAUUCUGCUGGGCUUGGCCUACUUUGCCUCCAUCCUGACUAUGAUUGGCAACUGGUUGAGGGUGUUGUCCCGGCGCACGAGGGCUGAGAUGGGAGACUUGACGGCGCACGCUGCCUCCUGGACGGGCAACGUGGCAUCCCAGCUCCGUGUCCCAAACAUGGCGUUUCCAGACAAGCUGCACAGAGUGGGCACCUUGAAAGGGAAGCCGCUGUCGCCUUCGGCCAUGUUGCAGCAGGGGGACAGCCAAGAGGUAUUGCCGCCACUGCUACUUCCGCCGCAGCAAUUGCCACCACAGCAGCAAUUGCCACCACAGCAGCAAUUGCCACCACAGCUGCCACCUUUACCACCCCCGCUGCUGCCACCACCACCACCAUCCCCGCGCCCAUCUCCAGGUACUGCACAGCGUGUGGCCCAGCUGCGGCCUAUAGACUACGCGGGUGAAAACCUGGCCUUCAUUGACGAGAGUUCAGAUGCGCUGAGCGAUGGAGGGCCGCCUUCUGCCAGGUUGCCCCGCCGCAUGCGCCCUCGGGCACGGCACCGUGCCAACACGGGCCAGCCGCCAGGAUUGCCCAUGGUCCUGCUGAGCCUGACCCAGGACAAAGGUGAACCUGUCUAAGGCUAGGGCUAGGCCAAAGCCUGUCUUGGAGCAAGUUUCCGACCUAUUGGUGCAGUUCUCUUUGUUCCUCUCCUCCUGUGCCCAGCAGAGUGAAACCCAAAGCGUCUCGGCUUUUGUUUCCGUGAGGUGCUAAGUGCCCGCCUUUUCGUGUGCCCUGGCACAAACCCUCUGCACUGCGGUAUCCCAUUCUAUGCUGCCAGCUGGGCUCUGUCCCCGUUUCCAUAGACACUAGGAUUGCCACCCUCUUUGCUGUGCCAACACAGUCUCUUGCUUCCAGUGGGACAAAAUCUGGCAUCACCGCUCUCCUCUCCGCAUGGUGCUCCCCUACUCAGCCUUCCUCCUGGCAGCAGGAUUAUACUCCUGUUCCCCGAGCAUCACUGGAAGCCUCAUCUCAACCUGUGUGCCUGUUAUGGUUGUCCUCCUUUAAUCUUCCAGAACUGCACCUUGUGAGUGGGUGGACAGGUCAGGAUCUCUCCCAUCCACUCUGGCUCCAAGCACCAGGUCUACUUCCUGUUGCAUGCUCUCCUGGUCAUCUCUGUCCCCAAGCACACACGCACAAAACUCCUCCUGCCUUGUGAGUCAGAUUAGGCGAAUAGCCACACAAAGUGUGAAUGAGUUUCAUAGCUGUUGUUCCCUUUCCCCCAGGAAAUUAUGUUAGCAUUGGGCUUUGAACAGAGUAGAUGUCUGAACAGAUGUCGCCAUGAUUGAGAAGCCUCAUUGUCCUGGACAAACUACAAUUCCCAGGAUGGGGGUGGGGAACCCAUGAUAGUAUUGCACCUGUACACUUGCUGAAAGUUUGUCACAAACUUUUGCACCUUUCCUCCCCUGCUUUGGUGUAGGGACAGAGGAGAAUUUUGGUUUAGUUCACAUCUAGAGGCCAACCUCCCAAACUGGAACUUCCUGAAACUUAAAAAACAGAACCCUCUUUGGAGAUUCACACUCCUCUGUGUUUUGCACUGCAGUUCUCCAGCCAAGUAAUGUGUAGAAAAAUGCAUAAUUUGGGGUAAAGUAUGUGUGAAAAUGCUUAUAGUGCUGAAAAUAAAGUGCAAAAAAUGCAUUUUGUUUGGAGGAAACUGCUUUGUAAAAAUGUGUCUGUUAGGAGAAAUUCACACUCAAAUGGCAAUGAGUUGUCAUGAAGACUUUUUUCUUUCUUUUUUUUAAGCAGAUGCAAAUGGAUGUAGAAAUGUGAAUAACUGAACUUAAGAUUGGAAAAAAUAAGAAACUGAGGGAAGCAAGAAUUGACAGAUUUGCCUAUCCCUACCAUGGGGUGUCUGGGAAGGUUGCUGUGGGGUGUGAUUGCCUAAAAUAUGCUAACAACUGCAUUGGGGGUGUCCCUAUCCAACCCUCCCUGCAAUCCAGUAAUGUUGGAGAGGUAUAGUAAGAUUUGGGAGUGUGUAAACCCUAUGGGAGCUCCCUCUUGGUUGGGCUUCCUCCAAGGGCUGUUUGGUUACAUGGGGCAAGGCUCUGUAGCCACCCCAAGCUAUAGAGAAGAGAGUGUGGGAGGAGGCUACCCUCAUCUCUCCCCGUCUUCCAUCUUUCACUUCACAAAUGUGCCUGUUCUUGACUCUGUAUAUUGGAAACAUUUUAUUUAUUUAUUUAUUUAUUUAUUUAUUUAUUUAUUUAUUUAUUUGUCUGGUCUUCCAGAAAUUAAAACCAAAACUACACGAGAAGCA